AUGGACGAUACCUAUUUUCUUCGUGUACAGAUUUUCGUAUUCAGCAUAAUGGGCAUAGAUUUAUGGCAUGCUCGACCGCAUAAGGAUCGACAAUGGUGGACAUUUGUCACCAUGGGCCUAUUGGCUGCCUUUUUGGUGCCCAUGUUCUUUGCGGCGAGGAAUAAUGUGACCAAUGUGAGCCUCAUGUCCGAUGCCAUGGGCUCAUUAGUGGCCUCCAGUUUGACGGUUAUUAAAUAUAUAUUAUUUCUCUACUAUCGCAAAGAGUUUGUUGGUCUUAUCUAUCGCAUACGCGACAUAUUGGAUCAGGAGGUCUCCGUUUGGCCGGAUGCAUCUGUCAUUAUUGAGGAGGAGAAUCGCAACGAUCAACUGCUUAGUCUUACAUAUACACGCUGCUAUAUUUUGGCCGGAGUUUUUGCCUCCACCAAGCCAGUUGUCAUAAUGACUGUAGAAUACUUACGCUGGGGAAGCAUUGAACUGGAAUUACCCCAUAAGGGUGCCUAUCCAUGGGACAUUAACAGCAUGUGGUACUAUGUGCCCACCUAUUUCUGGAACGUGGCGGCCAGUUACAGUGCCGUCACAAUGGCACUAUGUGUGGACACAUUGCUCUUCUCAUUCACCUACAAUGUGUGUGCCAUAUUCAAGAUAGCCAAACAUCGUGUCAUCCAUUUGACAGCAAUGGAACAAAGUUCAAAUGGCGAACUAACUGACCUCAUUCAGAUAUUGCAAUUGCAUCAGAAGGCCUUACAUAUCUCACAACAAUUAUCUAGCUAUUAUCGUCCACUCAUAUUUAUGCAAUUCUUUGCAUCCGCUUUGCAAUUAUGUUUCCUUGGCUAUCAGGUGGCCGAUUUGUUUCCCAAGCCACUAUCCAUUUAUUUCAUAUCAUUUGGUGGCUCAAUAUUAAUUGCCCUCUUCAUCUAUUCCCAUUGCGGUGAGAAUAUUAAAAAGACGAGCAUUGAGUUUGCCGAUGGCAUCUAUGAGAGCAAUUGGAUGGAUUUUGCUCCGUCAACCAAAAAGGUAUUAUUGAUUGCGGCCAUGCGAUCCCAAAGACCAUGCAAUAUGGAUGGAUAUUUCUUUGAAGCUAGCAUGGCAACAUUUUCAGCGAUUGUCCGUACGGCAAUGUCAUAUAUCAUGAUGUUGCGUUCAUUUAGUGCUUAAUCUCGCCAUCG